GGACUUCACCUAAAUGAGAAUAGUUGCCAGUGAAACUAAUUGUCCAAGCUGGGAGUUAUGUUCUUUUCUUCUAAUCUGGAAUGAAGUGCUCUAACUCUAAGGGUGUCUAGAGAUGAAGUAGCACCUGAUAUGUUUUCAAGAUCUGCAAUUCGCAUAAAAAUGGAUCUAUUACUUCUUAAACUGAUAUAGCCCUUAUAUCUGACCUAAGAACUCAAAGCACUGAUCUGAAUAGCAACUGAGUGAUACACACAAUCACAGUGCUAUAGUAAGUGGUGAAUCCUCCAACUAAAUCUUUUUUCAAAAUGAACAUAAUGUCAUCAACUCAUCUUAUAAUUCUCUGCAUAGGAAGUCAGGAAAUAGUGGGGUAUGUUUCUUGCAUCAGUUGAAUCAAGCCAAGUCUUUUGUCACAGGGCACUAAUGAGUAAUGAGGUUGAAAGGAAACAAGACCAUAAUAUAUGGUUCUAAGACUUCUAACCCGGCCCAUCCUAAAAUCUUACGGAGUAAUUAGCAAUAUCAUCUUCUUAAAAUCUUGAAACGUAGCCCAAACCAGACCAAGCAACCAAUAUGGACCAAGUUUUAUCAGCUCUAAAAUGACAAAAGGUUUCAAAAUGGUGGCAAUUCUUGUAAUGCAUUAAACAAAUAGCUAGUGUAUCAUUUCACGUACAGCUACUUAGAUGUAAAACAUGACUUUCUGUUUAUGGUAACAUACAUUAUAAUUGCAUCUUAUUCAGUUUCUUUUUUGAGCUUGUCAACUCUUGCUUAAUCUGCCUGGAAUAUUCCCAUUAACAAUAAUACAAAUAUAUCUGACUUAACCAAAUCUUAAAAGCAUUUUGAACUUGGUCAUGUUCUUGUGCUAUAUUAGAGGCAGAUCUACAACUAAUACUCAAAAUUACCCAUUCUUUAUUUCAUUAUUUGCUCACUUUCUGCGCGCUUUCUCUUAUCCAAACUACCGUGAUUAUUUCCGCUUCUUCGGAUGGUUAAAGUAUAAUAUGGUCACAUAAAACUGUUUAUUGCUUUACAUCAUUGCUGCUAAUCCUAUUUUAUAGUGUUGCAUGAUUUCCUUUGCUGUAACAGUUUGAUUUUUAGCAUAACUAGUUAUAUUAGUGUCAAGUAGUAGAGCAUCAGAUAUAUCAGAUGGUUUAUUCUCUCAGAAAGCAUCGUUGUUUAAGAGUAUCUGGCUAGCCAAUCAAUAACUUUAGCGCCUUUCUGAUACUUUUUAACUUUAUUUUUAUACUAUUUUUAUGGUCUAAAUUUUACUAGUAGAAGGUCAUGCAUGCAAAACCUAGUUAUUUUUUUUGAAUUUGACAAGUAUUUUCAAGGUUUUCAGAUGAGGAAUUGCUCUGUUUUGACUCUGUCUUUGGUUUGGAUACCGGUUUUUUGGGAGCUUUUUUCAGGUUUGUGCUUAUUAAGAUGUACUACCACGGUCUAGAUUUAGUUGUUACUUUGUGAUUAGCAUCCACAUUAUGAAAAUGAAAUGACUAUAAUUGUGCAAUAAGUGAGUACGUUGUAAUAAAACCGAAUCUCGAUCAUUGGACAUUUAGGCCAUGCAAGGCAUUAGGUGUGCCGUGUGCCUAAUCUGAAAAGGUUAAGGGACAAUUUGAAUUAAUUUUAUUAAUUAGUUGGUUUAUUAGGAAUGUAUAUGGAAAACUAAGUUAGCUAGAAGUAUAUGAAUUUUCGGCACUUAAAGGUCUGUUUCUGAUCUGAUGUUUCCGUCACAAUGCAGGACAGUAGGAAGGUGUGCAAUGCAAAUGUGAUAAUAGUUUGAUGGGUUACCUGACAAAAUCUUGUUAAUUAAGACGUAACCUUGUGUUAACUGAAAUGCAAAAAUGAAGGAAUAAACCUUAAUCGGUCUUGCUGUGAGUACCUACGGCCUAUGAAGCCAAAGAUCUCGGUUGCAGAAGAAACUGAACAAAGUUGAAUCAUAUCGGCUUAUAUAUAACAUAUGAAAGCAGAAUGCAGGUAUCCCUAUAGACGUACUAUAGUUGUUUUCUUACAUUCGUGUGCAUUUACAUUGCUUUGUAAUGUGACAAAUAUUUAAAGAAGAAAUAAUACUCGUAAUCAAAUGAACCCGGGAGUUCCCCCAAACGCUUCAGUAGGGAGUCGGAAAAUCAUCCCUCCUUAAUGAAGUGUUCAGAGGAAUUCUAGGGAACACCUGAUGCCUGAUGGUGUAAAAGUGUAAAACUAUAAAUGGUGAUGCAUGAAACUUAAUUGCGGUUGGUGAUGCUAUUUAUACCAACUUGUUAAAACUAUAUAUUAUAUUCUGGUUUGACAAAUAUAGAACCUAGCCGUAUUCCCGGCCUAAGUUAGACGUAUUCAUGAAUACAACAGCAGAUCUAUAGAGACUAGAGUAGUAAUUUUAAUUUUUGUGGUCAAUAUUCUAUUCUUUUAUUAUGAUCUCUGUCUUUUUUAUGUUUCUGUCUCUAUGUAUAUCAUUCGAAUCCUGAGAUUGUAGUUUUUCCUUUUGCCUCUUACACAUGCUUAUAUGACACAUGCUUAUAUGACACAUGCUAAAGGCCGUGUUCUUUUCCCCCCACUUUCUCGUACUUCAGGGGAAAAAAAAUUCCGAUAAGUUUAGUUAAGUUCAUUUCAGGAUAAAUAGUGGUAAUCUAAGUACAACUUAUGAUUAAAAUAUUACGUAAAUUCUAAUAAUUUCAGAUAACUGAAAACAAGGUUAAAAAACGCAUGGCUUUUUGUUGUUAUUCAAUAAGUGAUUAACAGUACAUUAUUAUUAAUUAUAUCUCACAUCUUUUUGCAUGUUCAUUUAGUUGUAGGCUUGCAUUUUUCAUGAUUAUUGUGUACUUUUGUAACUUAUGGUGAGUUGAUAAGUUUGACAAGCAUUUUCCCAUUGUUUCAACUUUUAGACAACUUACAUGCCUUGGCCCGGACCCUAUGGUAAACUGAUAACGAUUGAGGCUUGUGUACCAUAACCCAUAAGGUCAAAGUUUCGAAUUUCUCCUCCCUCUAUUUGUAAUUUGUUGUGCGGGUUGUGCCAUGUCCAUGUCCAUGUAUUUAUAAGCAUUGAAAAAAAAAACAAGCGAAAAGGAUGAAACGUUUUUAAUUCAAAUGUACCAAGCCGGGCAAGAGGCUAGCUAGUAGUACAACGUUGAACCAAGCCGUAACUGUUGGCGAGGUUAUGAUUUAUAGAAUCCAAGCAAGAGGGCAAAGGAAUCACAGCCUUUCCUUUUUAAGUGGUUGCAACCUGCUUUUUAUCCUUCAAUUCAUCUCUUUUUUCUUGUGUCAUUUUCGCUUCUAUAUAUUUUAAGAUAUGCUUCUUGCCUGCAUGCUCUUAAUUUGGCUCAUUGCACAUCACUCAGCCUGCUUGACUAUGUAACGUCUUCUAAAUUCUAAUUGCCGCCUCUUCUUUUGGGCCAAAUAUCUAUUUCACGUUUCAUAUGAAAAACCAAGUAUCUAUACCAUGACCUAUGAUGUGAAUUGGCAUCAGUUUCGUAAGUUAAGGGACCGGUAUAGUUUAAGUCUAGAGUUCUAGACUAGCUAGCUUAAUUACAAAUUAAGUGUAACGUUAUAACCUUGUACGCACAAUUUUCUUAAUUAAUUGAACAAUUUUAAUCAUGCAUGAGCAUGAUUAUUGUGUGACCCAUUUGUACAUAAUUGUCCAGCCUCUUUUUCCCUGUUUUUCUCCUUUCUUUGCAUCUUUUCCUUUUUCUUAGGUAUGUAGUUUCUUUUGUUCACAUGAUUUUUCAUCUAACAUUGAUCAUGUUCCUUAUUCACCUUCAAAAUAAUAAUAUAAUUAGUCAAAAUAACUUUUUAUUAGUUAAAUAAAUUUAAAUAAAUAAAAUCAUGAGAAAAGCCCGUUCCUUUAAUUUGUAGAGAUGACAGUUCCCUUUACCCAAAACAAUGGAACUUUUAACUAGUACUCCGUAUUAUUAUUGUCUAAUAGUCUUAUUGAUCAUGAAAAGCAUGAUUGUUUCAUUAUAUAUAUAAGGAAAUAGAUCGUUAUGUUUGUACAAUUGUUUCGAAACUUGUAUCCAAAAGUCACUAUUUUGAAAUGGCAUGUAAAAAGUAUAACUACUAUUCUCAGCCUUUUACUUUUAAAUUUGUUGUGCUAUGUGUUGUGACAAUUUUACAGAAAAAUAGAGCUGACAUUGGCACUUGGUUAAACCAUGGUGGAAAUAUAGCAAACACGAGGGGGCGACCCAUUGGAGAGCCAUUUCUAAACCGGAAUGAAAUCCAAAGACUACAUCUAAGGUGGAAAUACUUUGUUGGUAAUGACAUAACAGCAACACCUGCUAUCUCAAACGGCAUAGUCUACUUCCCUGCAUGGGAUGGGAAUUUAUAUGCUGUGAAUGCAUUUAAUGGUGAUCUUAUAUGGAAACUCAACCUUGGCCAACUUACUGGGUUAGCUCCUACUGGUACUUAUGUCAAUGUAACAGUCUCAAGAGCAACACCAACAAUAGCCAACGAUCUGUUGAUCAUAGGUAUCUAUGGCCCUGCCGUAGUCAUAGCUGUUAACCGGUUCACUACUAGGCUUGUUUGGAUGACAAGGCUUGACCCUCACCCUCUAGCUUUGAUUACCAUGUCCGGAACUGCAUAUCUUGAUGGCUUCUAUGUAGGCGUAUCAUCCUUAGAAGUACUAGUACCACCUACUGAGUGCUGUACUUUUCGAGGGAGCAUGGCAAGGCUAGACAUCGGAACAGGAGUAAUAGUAUGGCAAACUUAUACUGUUCCAGACAAUGGUGGGAAGUUAGGAGGUUAUGCAGGGGCUGCAGUCUGGGGUAGUAGCCCUGCCAUUGACAUCAUAAGGAAUCGCGUCUAUAUUGGAACAGGAAACUUGUACAUUGCUCCUCCUGAUGUAUUAAAAUGCCAGGCGAAACAGAAUAAUCAGUCGAAAGCAACUCAGCCUGAUCUAUGUACCACCCCAGAUGCUCAUUUUGAUUCAAUUGUUGCCCUCGAUUUGGCAAGGGGGAAUAUUGUAUGGGCACUUCAGCUUGGAGGAUAUGAUGUGUUUUAUUUUGCUUGUUUAGUGCCUAAUAACCCCAACUGCCCUCCUGGGCCUAACUUAGAUGCAGACUUUGGGGAAGCACCUAUGUUGCUCACCAUAUUUCCUGGUGGUGUUAGGCGAGAUGUUGUGGUUGCUGUGCAGAAGAGUGGCUUUGUUUGGGCUUUGGAUCGCGAUACUGGUGACAUUGUGUGGUUCAGUGUUGCAGGGCCAGGAGGUUUGGAAGGAGGGGGAGUGUGGGGAGCAGCAACAGAUAGACGACGGAUCUACACCAACAUCGUCAACAGUGGAAGAACGACAUUUAGGUUAGCCCCAUCGAACCAAACCACAACAGCCGGGGGAUGGGUAGCCUUGGAUGUUAAUAACGGGAAUAUAUUAUGGACAACAGCUAAUCCAAGCAACGAGACUGCUCAUGGUCCGGUGACUCUAGUCAAUGAUAUAUUGUUUGCUGGGUCAGUUGACCCUUCAGGACCACUCUAUGCAAUGGAUGCUGAGAGUGGCAAGAUUUUGUGGUCAAUGAAUACAGCAGCAACAAUAUAUGGUGGUGCAUCCGUGAGCUAUGGUUGUGUUUAUAUCGGACAUGGGUACUCCGUUGGGCUAGCCAAAUUUCACCCUACUUGGAACCGAGGAAGCUCCCUCUUUGCUUUCUGUGCUGUGUAAGGUCUACCAAAGUCAGCCAAAUUUAUUAAGAUGUUUUGUAGUUGGUGUUAAAUGUGGUAAUGGUAAUUAAUGAAUUUAUGCAAA